AUGGAUGAGGAGUAUCCGCGUCAAUUGAUUAACGAAGCUAAGGGCGAUAAAGAGUGGUUGGUCUCCGUGAGAAGACGAAUCCAUGAAAACCCAGAACUCCUUUACGAGUUACACGAAACCAGUGCCCUGAUUCGUCGAGAGCUUGACGGAUUAGGCGUUUCCUACACUUACCCGGUCGCGAAAACCGGAAUCGUAGCUCAAAUCGGGUCGGGUUCUCCUCCGUUUGUCGCUCUCCGGGCCGACAUGGACGCUCUCCCCUUGCAAGAGCUCGUAGAGUGGGAUCAUAAGAGCAGAAUCGACGGCAAAAUGCAUGCUUGUGGGCAUGAUUCACACACCACUAUGCUUCUUGGAGCUGCCAAAUUGCUUAGCAAACGCAAACAUUUUCUCAAUGGAACAGUGAGGCUUCUUUUCCAACCAGCAGAAGAAGGUGGAGCUGGGGCUUUACAGAUGAUAAAAGAAGGUGCUUUGGGUGAAUCUGAAGCAAUAUUUGGGAUGCAUGUUCAUACUGGCUUACCUACAGGAGAAAUCUCCACAAUCUCGGGUCCUGCUAUGGCAGCCACAAGCACUUUCAGUGUAAGAAUGAGUGGAAAAUUAUCUGCUUCUUCUUCUGGGACACAUACUUGUGUUGAUCCAGUCUUGGCUGCAUCAUCUACCAUCUUAGCAUUGCAACUUCUAAUCUCCAGAGAAGCAGAUCCUCUCUUAAGCUAUGUUCUGUCUGUUACAUUCAUGAAAAGCGGAGCUUCUGAGUUUAAUGAGAUUCCACAGUAUGUAGAAUUUGGGGGAACUUUGAGGAGUCUUACAACAGAUGGCAUGAACUGGUUAAGGCAGAGGUUUAAAGAGGUUGUUGAAGGAGAAGCUGAAGUACAUAGAUGCGAGGCGGUUAUAGACAUGCAUGAAGAAGAUCAUCCUAUGUAUCCAGCAACUGUGAACGAUCCCAAGCUACAUGAAUACGUUGAAAAGGUUUUGAAACUCUUGGUUGGACCGGAGAAUGUUAAACCGGGUCAGAAAGUAAUGGCCGGUGAGGAUUUUGCCUUCUAUCAACAGAGAAUCCCCGGUUACUAUUUAGGAAUCGGUAUCAAAAACCAAGAAAUCGGUUCUGUGCAUUCGGUUCACUCCCCUUACUUCUUCCUCGACGAGAAUGUUCUUCCCAUUGGAUCAGCAUUGUUUGCUGCAUUAGCUGAAAUGUAUUUACAAAGACCAUCAAAAUCAAACUAAGUGUGGAUAUUGAGAUAGAAGAAACAAAAAUGAAUUAAUAGAGGUCUAUUAUAAGUCUCUUGGUAAUUUACUUUUUCACAAAUAAAGUUAUUUUUAUUUCGAA